AUGUCAGGUGAUGGAGUCGUGGUUGUGACACAUAAUGUGUUUGCAAAGUUGCCCUCGUACAACCCCUUUGUGGGCACGUUCCAUCAUGCACCAAGUGCUGGAAACCGUGGUGCCGUCUACUUCUCGAGCGACAUUGUUGACAUGGCAGAGCUUGAGGAACGCAAAAAGUUCCGGCACCAUCCGCUGACGGGCAUUUUCCACUCACUGCCGGGCUAUUACGAUCCAUUACACAAGCUUGCUGCUUGUCGUCGUGUCAUGACAGCUGAAGGCAUUUACUCUGACACGGAAUCGUUACGUUCCUUCGUGGCUAUGGACAUUACGGAUAGUGAAGACUUUGCAUGUCUUCAGCAACCUUCGCAGAUGAAUCGCAUGUACAGUGACUCUCGAUGUAUUCCCAAUGCAGACCUUAUGACGCGACCUCGUCGCUUUAGUGACGGUGAUGCUGAUCCGUUUUUCAAUGGCAAUAAAGCUGGUUCACCCAAUAAGAAUGAUAGCGGAGUCGACUACUGUGAUGAAACCACAGACAGCGACGUGGACGACGAUCUUGCGGCAUUGGUGCGACAACUGCCUCGGUCGUUACCUUUGAACAUUCUGUCGAUCACGGACAAAUAUGAUGUUCCACCGCCGGUGGGUGCUUUACCCCCUCGUCGUACGCCAUACAAGAAGCCACGAAAAUCAUCUGGCACGUCUUCUACUAUCAUGGAAAACAAUGGAUCGUCUUCUGGUCGAUCGUUUAUUGCUUCAAGCUAUGAACGCGCUGAGCUUGGUAUGUCGACGGGUUGCUUGGAGUUGACGGACGGUUUCAUCUCGACGGGUAAAGGCAUUUUCAGGAAGGUCGGUUUCCGUUCACCACUGAAUGAGCGUCCAAAUGAUAAGGGCAGAGGUAGACUCAAGACAUCUGCUAAACUGAAGCUUCAGCGCUCUAUCAGUGAGGGAAGUUCAGACGACGAUAUCAACGACGAGUACACCCAAGCAGCACCUCGAAUUCCUGCGAAUCCGUUUGUGGCAAGGCGUUUGAACGAUGGAGAUGAGCUCCGUAUCAUGGCAAUCCACCGCACAGGAAGACGUGACGCGUCGGCCCAGGUUAUCAAAAAUGACGAUCAUGGUAGCGACAGCGAGGACGAGUGUAGCUACCCGAAACCUUACUUUAUUCACGAGAAGGCUGUCACAGAGCAGUAUGAACUGGUUGGUGUAGACCAGCUGGGCGAUGGCUCCUACGCUGUGGUGAAACCUGCUAUUCAUCGUGUCAACGGGAAGCAAGUUGCAAUUAAACAGAUUCACAAGCGUUUCCUGCGUGAUGAAGCAGCGAAGAAUGCUGUGAGCCGAGAAAUCGAGAUCCACCUGCGCUUGCGGCACAAACAUAUUGUGAGGCUGUAUGAAGUUUAUGAGACUCCUGAUUUCCUUUACCUGGUCAUGGCGAAGGCAACGAAGGGUAAUUUGAAGGCUUUGAUGCAACGAAAGCGUAUGCUCCCUGAGGCACUUGCUGGAAAGCUGUCACAGCAAAUUGCCCGUGCUGUUCUGUUCCUGCAUGAUAUGGGCGUGCUGCAUUGCGAUCUGAAGCCUGACAACAUUUUAUUGAGCGAUGCUAAGACGACAAAUGAUAACGGCGAAAACUCGCCGGUCAUGCGUCGCGCAAGUCCUCCUAAGUCAAGUCAAGACCCUCAUGCUGUCGUUAUGGUCAACGACUACAACGUCGAGUUGUGUGAUUUCGGACUGUCGGUGAAGGUGCCUGAUGUUCGCUUCUUUAAACUGACCGGUGAUGUUCACAAGGUCCCGUUCACCGGAGUUACGGGCACCUCAGGCUACAUUGCUCCUGAGCUGCUACAGCAGCAGUCGUACGGCAAGCCAGUGGACAUGUGGUCGGUGGGAAUUAUUAUUUUUGAAAUGUUGACGGGGUACCAGCCAUUCUACCCGCCGCAUGCGUGCAUCGAGGAAGACGCUGACUUUUCAGACCGUGUGUGGAAGACGAUCAGUGCUGAUGCGAAGGACUUGGUGCAGCGCUUGUUGGAGCGUGACCCUACAAAGCGACUUACCGCUGCUGAGGCAUUAGCACACACCUGGUUUGAGUCGGCUAUGUUUGCAAUUUAG